AUAGGAGCAAAUAAUGUCAGUGGCAGUGACAGGGGUCGAGUGCAGUUACCUCUUCAUUCUUCUUCAAAAAUCCAAAAAAUGAAAUAAAGCGGGAACUGAAUUUCUCUCUCGAACUAUUGAAAUCCUCCAUUAACAAGUUACUCAAAUCUGCUUUUGGUUCUUCUUCUCUGCAACAGCAGCAGCAGCCAUGGCGAGAACCAAACACCUCGCAAAACGAAGUCGCACCAAACCUUCUGUUGCAGCUGGACCUUCAGCGACUCCAUCGACGCCUACAAGAAAAAGUCCACGGUCUGCGCCGGCAACUUCAGUGCAGAAGCCAAAGCAGAAGAAGCGUUACAGGCCAGGGACAGUGGCACUUCGAGAAAUCAGACACUUCCAGAAGACGUGGAAUCUUGUUAUUCCAGCUGCUCCUUUCAUCAGACUUGUUAGAGAAAUUAGUCACUUUUUUGCACCUGGGGUAACUCGUUGGCAAGCUGAGGCGUUAAUAGCUAUUCAAGAGGCUGCUGAAGAUUUUUUAGUUCAUUUGUUUGAAGAUGCAAUGUUAUGUGCUAUUCAUGCGAAGCGUGUUACACUUAUGAAAAAAGAUUUUGAGCUGGCUCGACGACUUGGAGGAAAAGGACAACCUUGGUGAAGCAUUACCAUCUUACCCAAGUAGAUAAUGGUACAGCUUCAGUUGAAAGAAUCAGCCUCUGAUGGAGUUUAUUAAGUUCGAUUAUCAGUACUUGUAGAUUGUUCUUAUCUGACCAUUACCUCUUGUUGUAAUUGAAUGGGCUAAUUAUGGUACAGUAUCUUCAAAAAGUUCCCAAUACUGUAGUAGCAAUUCUUACAGCCAUAGUUUGAUUUAAUUGGUCGAUGCUAUUUCCAUGUGA